CGUAAACACAUGCUGAAUCAGCUGACUGUUGAUCUCUGCUAUCAAGCCGUCUUGUAUCUCACCCCCAGAUUAUAAUUUCCAUAUGAAGGCUUGAGUGACACCAGCAUAGUGAUUAAAAAAUCCAAUCACUAUGUCUGUCAGUGAAACCAACCAGGGCUACGUUCCAAGAAUAUCUCAGCUGGACUCCAUUAUUCUGAACGAAGAGGCAUAUUCACUCAUAAAGAGUCAGUUAUUGGCAGCAGUUAAGUAUAUUGGUCAGAGCCCCCUCACCAGAUUCGAACCCGAGAUAGAUGCAGGACUCCAGUACAUCCUCCUGAUGUGUACUGUUCAGAAGGCAAGGAGUUCUAUUGGCCAGCAGCUACUGCAAAUCAAAUAUGAUGAUUUGGUUUCUAAUAGAAGACUCCGCAAUUACGUCCUCCUUCUGGUAUUUGGAAGAUGGUUGAAGCAAAGAGCCGGAAAUAUAGCUGCAGCAGUUCUUAGAGAUGAAAGUGCAAAACUGUUUGCUAGCCAGUGUAUUAACAUUUUAGAAAUAUUGUAUAUGGUGUCACAGUUAUUAAAUCUUUUAGUGUUUCUUAAAGAAGGAAUAUACCCAUCAGUUGUUGAAAGAAUGCUCAGAUUGAAACCAGUGUCAUCAAAUAUUAGAAACGUACGGAAAAUAUCGUAUGUGUAUUUCACAAGAGAAUUAUUGUGGCAUGGAUUUGCAGAACUCCUUUCUUUUGUUUUACCAUUAAUUAAUAUUCAGUAUUUUCACAAUGUAGUCAGGAAACUGUUACCAAGUGCUGUUGAUAAUGAUGAUUUAAAAGAACAGGAAGUCAGUUUUCACCAACACACUACAUGUGUAGUAUGUAAUUGCCCUCCUGUACUACCCCAUAGCUAUGGAUGUCAACACCUGGCUUGCUAUUAUUGUAUUCAUUCCAGUUAUGCAUUAGAUCCUACAUAUUCUUGCCCACUGUGUGGCCAUACUGUAGAAAGUAAAGUACAAAUUAUUCCUGUGUAUACUGUAAACGGUUGAAUUGUUAAUGUUGUCUUCCUGUAUUCUGUAACAACAUAUAUUUUAUAGAAGUUUAUAAUAUUACUUACCAUAAUAGAAAUACAUAAUCCUCUGAAAGCAAACAGAUAUAAUCCACAAAUGGAACAUAUAUUAAAUUUUUUCUGAAGA